CCUCUACCAAAUCAUCAUCUUCUGUCAUUACCAGGCGACCCGGAGUCGUCUUAUACUAUCAUUUUUAAUAUACAUUCGUUCAUUCAUUCCCUCACAACCGUAGUUAUGGUUCGCAUUUCUAUCCUCACUGCGCUUGCUUUUGCGUUGACCGCAUUCGCCGUCACCCCGAACAAUGCUGGUGCAAAGAACGUGGGCCAAGCCAAUGGUCAACAAUUCAUCACCGGAGGGUGCACCUCAAAUGCAGAUUGCAGCUCCGCCUGCUGCGCCGGCAACCCAACUGUCGGUGUAUGCUCUGCUGAGGCCGCCGCCCUACAAGCCGGCAAGACUGGAUGUGGAUUUGUUGACCCCAAUGCCGCUGCAACCAUCGCUGCCGCCAAGGCGCAGGUGAAGAAGCAAGGUUUUUAA